GGAGGAGGAGGAGGCGGCGCUUGGAGGCGGAGCAGCAGCAGGAGCAGAAGGAAGAGGGCCGGGCAGAGGCGCAGUCGGGUCCUUUCUGGGAGCAAGGAAAGGAGGAAGGAAGGAGGGAAGGGAGCGAGAAAGCGGGCGAGCACCAUGCCUCAGCCCCCUCCGCCUUGACCAAGCCUCCCUUUCUCGCUCGCUCGCCCGCCCGCAGACCUCCUCGGGAGGCCACGUGACUGUGUAACAUGCAAGCCAUUGAUCCCAGAGGGAACUCUCCUGCCUUCUACCAGCCUCAGAAUGGCAGCAGCCAUAAAUCCUCUGGAUAUGUUCCAGGAAGAAUUGCUCCAUUCCGUCCUCCACCUCCUCCAAAGAGCCAAGCUUCAGCCAAAUUUACCUCUGCAAGACAAGAAGCUCGAGCAACAAUAGCCUCUUCGGCAGAUGAGCAGCGCCACCAAGCAGAAACCAGCAGAAAGAAGAGGCACAAAAACACACUCAUUUGCUUUGCUAUGUCUAGUUUUUCAUUUUUUCUUGCACUUGGGAUUAUUUUGGGGAUUGCAUCAAAAUACGCGCCUGAUGAAAACUGUCCUGAUCAGAAUCCUCGCCUUAAGAAUUGGAACCCUGGACAUGAUAAAGAGAAGAAAAUUGUACUCCAGCAAGGAGAUCUCUUUCGGCUGAACAUGGAUGCUACAGUGCACUCCAUAGUCAUACAGAAUGGGGGAUUACUUGUCUUUGGUGAUGAUGAAAAAGGAUCCAGAAAUAUUACCCUGCAAUCACGUUUUAUCCUGAUAAAGGAUGGUGGAGCGCUUCAUAUUGGAGCAGAGAAAUGCCGUUAUAAAUCCAAAGCAACUAUCAUUUUGUAUGGCAAAAAGGAUAACGGUGGUUAUGUGCCAACAUUUGGCGAAAAAUUUGUGGGUGUGGGCCCUGGUGGAACACUGGAAUUGCAUGGAUCCCAGACGUUAGCGUGGACUUCUCUAUCAAAGACUGUAUAUUCUUCAGGGCUGGCCUCUGGGUCAUAUACUUUUGAAAAGGAGUUUUUCCGAGGUCUAAAUGUGAGAGUCAUCGACCAAGACACGGCACAAGUUUUGGCAGGAGAUAGGUUUGAUACUCAUGAAUCUCAAGAUGAUAGCAGGAAACUUCAAGAUUUUCUAAAAGCCCAAGAUACUGGUCGUAUUGUGGCAAUUGCUGUUGGAGAUUCAGCUGUAAAAAAUCUACUGGAUGAAACCAAAACAACCAUUCAGAAUCUCUUAGGAAGUAAAUUGAUCAGAGGAUUGAGCUACAGGCAGGCCUGGGCUUUAGUUGGCGUAAUUGGUGAUGAAGAGUCAUCUUGUAAUGAGUCUGUGAGAGACUAUGUAAACCACAACACGGGCAAAGCUCUGGCACAAAAAGAAUUUGUUACACUGGAUGGCCAAAGGUUUGCUGUGAGAGCUUUCAGUGAAUGGCUGGAUGGUGUUCCAAAGUGGGGUUUCCAGAUUGAAGCAGUGGAUGGAGUGAUACUAGAUCUCUCAGAAGAUGUUAGCAGCUGGAAGCCUGAAGACCAAAUUGUUGUUGCAAGCACUGAUUAUUCUAUGUACCAGGCAGAAGAAUUUAGCCUCCUUCCUUGUCCAGAAUGCAGCAAGUACCAAGUCAAAGUUAGAGAAACUCCUCAGUUCCACCAUAUUGGAGAAAUCAUUGAUGGAGUGGACAUGAGAGCUGAGGUUGGACUUCUUACCAGGAACAUCAUAAUAAAGGGAGAGAUGGAAGAUUCCUGUUAUACAGGAAAAGAGUGCCGAUUCUUCAAUUAUGAUACUUUUGGUGGACAUAUCAAGAUUAUGAAGAAUUUCACAUCUGUUCAUCUGUCCUACGUGGAACUUAAACAAAUGGGUCAGCAGGUGUAUGGUGCCUACCCUGUUCAUUUUCACCGUUGUGAUGAUGUGGAUGAGAAAGGAGGGUAUAACUACAGGACUUACAUAGAAGGCCUCUCAAUUCAUCAUUGUUUCUCGAGAUGUGUUACCGUUCAUGCAACAAAUGGCUUGCUGAUAAAAGACACCAUUGGCUAUGACACACUGGGCCAUUGUUUUUUCUUGGAGGAUGGCAUUGAACAGAGAAAUACGCUGUUUCAUAACCUGGGGCUAGUCACCAAACCAGGCACACUGCUUCCAACGGACAGAAAUAACACAAUGUGCAUAGCCAUCAAGGACCAUGUCUAUGGCAACUAUGAGCCAGUACCAGCCACAGACUGCAUGGCUGUUUCAACAUUUUGGAUUGCUCAUCCCAACAACCACCUUAUAAAUAAUGUAGCUGCAGGAUCACAGGAUACUGGAAUAUGGUAUAUUUUUCACAAGGUGCCCACAGGAGAGUCUCAUGGAUUAUUUCCUGAAACCAAAGCUGAACUUACACCGCUAGGAAUUUUUUAUAACAACAAGGUUCACUCAAAUUUUAAGGCUGGUUUAUUCAUUGACAAAGGUGUUAAAACGACCAAUGCAAGUGCUGCAGAUAAAAGGGAGUAUCUGUCAUUGGAUAAUAAUGCAAGGUUUCGACCUCACCAGGAUGCAAAUCCAGAGAAACCCCGGGUUGCUGCUCUCAUAGACAGGCUAAUUGCUUAUAAAAACAAUGACCACGGUGCCUGGGUCAGAGGAGGAGAUAUCAUCAUCCAGAACUCAGGGUUUGCUGACAAUGGAAUAGGUUUAACUUUUGCCAGUGAUGGAAGCUUCCCAAGUGAUGAAGGAUCCAGCCAGCAAGUCUCAGACUCUUUAUUUGUUGGAGAAAGCAAGAAUUAUGGCUAUCCAGGAGGCCAAAACAAAUACUGGGGUACUGGAGGAGUAAACAACAGAACACGCACUCUGCCUAGAAAUCGGACUUUUCCAAUUCGAGGCUUUCAGAUUUAUGAUGGACCUAUUUGCCUCACCAAAUGCACUUUCAGCAAUUUUGUGCCAACACCAGACAGAUUCACUAGUGCAAUUGCGUUCCUGAUGAAAAACACCUGGCAAAUUACACCUCAAAACAAUAUAUCUCUUGUAAAAUUUGGUGAAAAUGUUUCUUUGAAAGUGUUUUUUGGCAAGCCUGGCCCUUGGUUUGAGGAGUCUGAUCUUGAUGGUGACAAAAACUCAAUAUUUCAUGAUGUGGAUGGAUCUGUGACUGGAUACAAGGACACCUACGUUGGUAGAAUGGAUAACUACCUGAUUCGACAUCCAGACUGUGUUAAUGUUACCACAUGGAAUGGUGUGGUCUGCAGUGGGACUUAUGCACAGGUAUAUAUCCAGACACGAAAUCCACAGAAUCUCACCAUGACUAUGGUGCGGGAUGAAUAUCCUUCAAGCCCUAUGGUGUUACGAGGCAUUAAUAAUCAGAAAGCUGACUUCCAGCAAUACCAGCCAGUUGUGAUGCUUCAGAAGGGCUAUACAAUACAUUGGAAUGGACAGGCCCCACAAACAACAUUCCUUUACCUCAUUAACUUCAACAGGAAUGACUGGAUUCAAGUUGGCCUCUGUUACCCACCAGAAACCUCUUUUCAAGUAACCUUUGAUGUAUUCCAAAGGCAGGCAUCUGCUUAUCAUAAUGUGGAAGACUAUGUUCCUGUAUCUUCAAUGGCAGAACUACAGAAGAGCCGAACAGAAAAAAUAUUUUAUUUUGAUAACAGCACUGGGUUGCUGUUUUUGUUCCUUCAAGCCAAAUAUCACAGGGAUGGCCACAGUUACUGUUCAUCUCAGGGAUGCGAAAGAGUCAAGAUUCAGGCCAGUUUUCAGUCAUGGCCUGUUAGUAACUGCUUGAUGAAAGCUUAUCCAAAGUAUUUUCAGAAGCCAACAGUUGUAAAAAGGAUGCCCACAAAAAUGACCAGUUCUUGUCAAAAAUGUGGCUCUUCUCAGAUGGUAUUUAGCAACAAUCCUGAUAAAACCUACCUCCUUGUGAAAAUACAGUGCCCAGAUAAGAUAGAAUUAGAAAGGAACCAAGAAUCUUUCAUCUCAGUCAAUGGUGAUAAGUUUCCAUUGAAAGGUGUGGGUGUGCUCACUGUGGUCAUUGAUGCCUGUGCUGGAAGAGUAACAAAAGAAACAUUUUUCACAGAAGCAAACAUCCAGAACCUCGAAGAUUAUAUAAAAACUCAAAUUCCCCAAAGAUCUAUCGUCCUAUUGAGCACCAGAGGGAAUAUAAAGAGCCUUAACAUUUCUCAAGCCCUGAUGACGCUGGGAGCAGCAAAAGCAGCAAGUCUUCAAAGAUUGGGGUCCAUUAGCUUUAUGGGGUUUAAAGGAAACUUUAAACCAUCUUGGAUAAAGCUCUUUACCAGUCCUGCGGGGCAGGGCCUGGGUCAUAUAGAAAAAUAUAUCCCUCUACAGUUGGAAGAAUAUGGUUGCACCAGAGUGAACACUAGCCGACGGAAAGAUUUGGAACUUCUGAAACAGGCUCUAAGAACACAAUAGAAAUUUAACGUGUACAUGAGCACUGAAGACAAUGUGAACUAAUUUAUUUAUUUGAUGAGAUUUUAAAAUGUACUAUUAUCUCAAGUACAUCACUUUGCUGUUUUGAUAUGGACAUAUGCCUUCGUCGAAUGCUUGAAUGCCAGUCUGUGCACCUUUGGAUUGUACAAAAUAUUAAAGAAGUAACGUAUUUGUUAAAAUGCAGGUUUUUAGGGGAGGAAGCUUCUAAUGUUUGUACUUAUUAUAAAAAAGCCUUUUGUCUGUUAGUCUUUUUGGUGUUGUAUUCUUGAGAAGGUGAAGAUACUAGAAUUAUAUUAGCUACUUUGGAGAUAUUUGAUCAGAAAAUGCAGUAUUGCCCCUUGGGUUACCUGAAAGUCUUUAAUAAUACAUAUACAUGUCUUUUGUGAAGUCCAGUUUGUACAAUUGGUUAUUUAUUCUCCUUUCUUUCCAACUUACAUAGUCUGUGCACAUGAAUAGGGCCUAAUAUAAGACAGAAACUGAGAGGACAAGACUGUCCUUGUCAUAACAAGUUUAGGCCUGAUAAUAGUAAGAUGGAAAGAAAGUUAUAUAUCAUUUGCCCCUAAAUUUGGAUAACUAUUAAUGUUCUAUUAAUUGGUGUUUCCUUCACAAAUAUUAGAAUGCAUCUACUCUAUAGAUGAAGAGCAUUAUGGUCCCUUACUAUUUAGCACUUUGAAAUGUCCUAUAUGGUUACGUCAAACAUUUGAGAUGCCAGUCUCUGCUGAAACAGUACUGAGCCCAUUACCAUGGCUCUGAUUGUUUCACUACAGUUUUAGUUGGUUGGCGUGACCAGUGAGAUCACCAUUAUAUUCUGUUGCCAUAGGCAUCAUGACAGAUCAAGCCUAAACAUAUCCCCAGACUAACAAAAGUCAAAAGAUGAUUUCUCAGUUGUUCAUUCUGAGAGAUAUCUCUACAUUUGAGUGAUGUCAUCAGCUAACUGGUAGAUGGAGUCAGUCUUCUGACUUUACCAGAGAAAAGGCAACUGUGCAUUCCACUUAACACCCAAUGCUAUCUAUUUAGCUUCUAUACUGCUCCGACAAGUUUCAUCUUCAUUUUAGAUUUAUUCCUACUAGGCUUCCCUUCUUUAGCAUGGCACACAGGUCAAUGAGAUUUAAAAGUUUGAGAAAUAGACUCCAUGAAAUUUCUCCCGAGUGUAUCUAUACUCCAAGAAUAGAAGUUUGAUACCACUUUAAUUUCCAUAGCUCCAUUCAAGAGAAUAGUGAAUUAAUUGGAAUUAUAAGUUUCCUACUAAAUUAAAAACUCCAGCAUUCUGUAGGAUCUACCAAUAGCAGCUAGUCCGACAUCAUGUUGUUAUAUCUACUAGUGCAGAUACAGUCUUCAUCAUGUCUUUUGCUAACCUAGUGAAGUUCUGAGAAGGAAGAGCUGCUGGAUUUCAGUUUGCUAAGUGAGUUUCCUCCUGAAAUUUAGACUAUGGAGCUUUGGACUAAACAGGAUACUUUAACUUCUUUUCCUUCACAUGAGUGGAGAGGAAAGGAUGGAAAAAAUCAAUGAGAAGAUCCUCUUCUCACAUUUGAAUAAAUCCUGAUUUUUCAAAAAAUCACAGUCCCUUCUUAAUUCCCUUAUUUUAAAGAGUUCCAAAUGUGAAGCAAAGUUUUUCUAUCUUUCCCAUGCCUUCCAAAGUCAUUUCCAGAUAUUUGAGAGAAUAGGUAAUGGCUAUAGGGAGGCACAGUGAAAAGCAAAGUUGGUGUGAAUCAUUCCACACCACCAUCACCACCAUGUCCUCAUGAUCAGAAAGACCGCUCUGAACCAGGAAGGACAUUUUUAAUUUUUGUGUUUUAGGGACAGUCUACUCAUAGGGAUAUAUGUAAGGGAAAAACGUGUUUUAUCCUAUUCUAAGAGGGGAAGACAUUCUUUUCCAUGGGAAAAACCAGUCCAUGACUUUUGAGAAACAGACAUAGACUAUUUCCAAUAUACCUAGAACAGAACCUUUUAAACUUUUGACUCACAUGAUGUUUUGGACAUGAGUUUGCACAAUCCCCACACAUUGACAAUUCUCCUUUGGGCUUCUAUGAGCUGAAAUCCAAAAUAUAUGGAAAGCUACAUGUUAGAACCACUGGCUUAGGCUAAAUUUCCAAUAAGUAAUUUUUCCCAUUUUUAUCCCUAUCCAAAUUCUCUAAUUAAGGAUCUCCAGAACAGGAAAAACAACCCUUUUAAGCUUUGCUAAUUUUGCAUAAUAUACAAGACACGUGUACGUGCUGCUUGUAUUAUAACAAAAUGUAUUUGUCAUUGGGGUGCCACACAGUCUCUUGCAGCAAAAACAGCAUAGAUGUCUGUACGUUCAGAAAUUGUGUGCAGGUAGAAAUUUUGAUGUAAUAGCAAUGGGGAAAUGUUGGUAAUGAAAUACUAAGGCUGCAUGUUUCAUUUCAUAUGCAUUUAUACAUUUAUUAAUUUGUAGUGGGAAUUUUUCUUCCAUGUGGAACCUUUGUUUGUUGCAACAAAGGAACGUAGGCUGAACAUCACCAGAAAAAUGCAUAUGGAACAACUGUAACCCAUAAACACAGGGAUUCCCAGUUCACACGGUUCCUCCUAAUCCUCAGUUAAUAUUCAAAUAUUUGUGAAUACAAAACAUCAUACAAGGAUGCAUUAGGGAGAGCACUGAUGUACAACCAGAAAUCCUAGAAAGAAAUAUGAAGAUUAAUCCUGGUUCAUUUUCCCACUGGUUAUCAUGAUUCCAUAUUAGUGUCUUUUUAGUCAGGUAGUCUUCCCAUGGGUAUUGUAUUUGAAUACAAAGUAUAAAAUAAGCUUUCACAGAUACGUAUAAAAUAUGUAUUUUUUGCCACAAACAUGCCUUUUAUGCAAGAAAUACAGAGGAACUGGGCUGGUUCAUCAUGUUGCCUUACACAAUAUGCUACCUCAGUCAUUGCCAAUAAAUCAUUCAUGGUAAUAA